AUGAGGGAAAUCGACGAUCAAAAACAUUAUAAUUACUUCCGAAUGUCCUCGUCUGCUUUUGACGAGUUGCUCAGAAGGAUUGAGACACUGAUUUCCCACCGACGCACACAUAGUGCUCCCAUUAGCUCAUCACAGCGCCUUGCUGUCACACUACGAUUUCUUGCUACUGGUUGUAGCUACCAAUCCCUGGCAGCCAGCCAUGAACUUGGAUCCGCAACAGUUGGAUGCAUUGUAAAAGAAGUUUGCGAAGCUAUAUGGACAGCACUCAAGGACGACGUCGUGGCCUUUCCCAGUGUUGCAAAGUGGAUGGAAAUUCAGGAGGAAUUCUGGUCUCUUUGGAAUUUUCCCAACUGUGUCGGAGCAAUCGAUGGGAAACACAUUCGAGUUCGAGCUCCAGCCAAUAGUGGAAGUUCCUUCCACAACUACAAAGGGUACUUCAGCUUCAUCCUGAUGGCUGUGUGCGACGCCAGGGGAGCGCUCAUCAAGGGGGAGCUGCACCUGCCACCUCCAUCUCCUCUGCCAGGUGCUGUUGUUCGGAGUCCUCCAGUUUUCGUUGCAGAUGAAGCUUUUCCACUGAAAGUGAACCUGAUGCGGCCAUUUUCAGGGACCAACCUCACAGCAGAGCAGCGCAAGUACAACUAUCGACACUGCAGAGCAAGGUGGGUCAUAGAAAAUGCCUUUGGCAUUUUGGCUGCACGAUGGAGAGUGUUUGGGAAAGCCAUGGAGUGUUCUGUUGACACUACUGAAUUAAUAACAAAGGGAUGUGUUGCUCUUCACAACUUCCUCUGUGGUACUGACCAACUCCAAGCUAAGACAGCAAGGUACAUUAGUAGAGUGGACGAAGGAGAUGUCUUGGGAGAAUGGAGGCAAGUUGUGGAGACCGACACAAACCUCUUGGACACCGGACGCUUGACUUCUGAGCAUGCUACAUGA